AUGACAACAUUACUAUCUACAGUGUCAACCAUGUCGACUUUGCCCAUUGAUGACAAUAGUCAAUUGGAUGAUUUUAAUACUUUAAUGGAGGAAAAUCAAUCCACUGGUAUCGAUCAACAUCAUCGAGAGCCAACGUCUCGCGUACUCGAACAUGAUCUAUAUCGAUUGGACUUGAAAGAUAGUCCAAAAGCAGUAGAAAAUGUAAAAGAGAAACGAUCGAAUUCUUUCCCGACAACUCUACCUGAUCCGUCCGAUCCACCUUCAUCACCAUUCAACCACCAAAGAUUAUUAGUAAGCUAUGCAGGUGACGAUCAUGAUGAACAGUUUUACUUGUUGUCAUCAUCGACCGAUGUUAUGGUAGCUGGUCAACCAUCUUCUCAUUGUGAUCAAUGCUCAAAUAUUAUUGUUCGACCGCAGUGGCUUAGUCGUUCCAGCGAAUCUCCAACUGAUUUCAGAGCCCGAUUGCCUUCGCAUUCGAUCAAUAGCAAUUUUGAAUUAAACUCUUUUCCGUAUACACCCGUUAUUGUGUUCAUAAAUAAACGUUCUGGUGGUCAACAGGGAGACAAGAUCUAUCGCGAACUAUUACGAAAACUCAAUCCACGUCAAAUAUUUCUUCUAGAAGACGAUGCUACUAUCACACACGCUCUCAACAUCUACUCGUCACUACCUAAUAUUCGUCUUUGUGUGUGUGGUGGUGAUGGAAGUGUCAAUUGGAUUCUUGGCCAUCUAGCCCAGGCUUAUCCAUCGGGAAAUAAUCCGCCAGUGAGCAUUUGUCCUUUAGGAACGGGUAAUGAUCUUUCACGCGUAUUAGUUUGGGGCGAACAAUACGAUUCGAAGCGUCUGUUUCAUACACUCGUACAAAUUCCACAAGCUAAAGUGGUUGCACUUGAUCGUUGGGAAGUCCAGCUCGAACAACUCGAUGUGUCAACAUUGUCUUCAAUAACACAACAAAAUCGAAAGAGUGAAUUUCAAAUCGGUUGUCCACUUCAACUGUUAGUCAAGCAUCCAAAAUUUGUUCGCAAUAAACAUCAAGCCUACUAUGAAAAUCAUCACAAGUUACCAAGCACACGCUUCAUCAAUUACAUGAGUUUUGGUUUAGACGCAGCCAUUGCGCUAGAUUUUCAUGAUAAACGUACACGUGAUCCAUCGAAAUUUUCGUCACCAUGGAAAAAUAAGCUUAUGUACUUGAAUAGAAGCUGCAAAUAUUUCAGUGAUUUUGCUCGAGCGAAUAUGUGGAAUCUCAGCUCUUAUAUUCGUUUGAUUUGCGAUGGUUGCAAUCUAACUGAUGCUAUACGUGAUUGUCAUACAUUAGUCGUACUCAACAUUCCAGGCUAUGCAGCCGGUACGAAUCCAUGGGGAAAAUCUUCAUCAACAAGCCCAGUUAUCUUUCAUAGUGAUCAAUCAUCGAUUUCUCAAACAGCUAGCAAUUCUACGGAUGAGAGGUCGGUAAGUUCAGUCAAUGUAUUCGAUUCAUUAGCUGAUAUACACGAAGCUAGUAAGUCUGCCACUUUGAAUGAAGAUGGUAUACAUCAAAUGGCUAGCUCAUCGACGGCAACAAUCUUAACUGAUUGUGUCGAGCGACAAGAUUUCGGUGAUCAAAAAAUUGAAGUUAUCGGCUUGAGUGCUGUACAUAUGGCUACGAUCCAUAUGGGUUUUAGUGGCAAUCGAAUCGCUCAAUCAAAACAAAAUAGACAACAAUUAAAUUAUCUUCGUAAUGAAUUAAAUAGGGUUAUAAAUAAACUUAAGUUAAUUGUUGAAGAAAAACUAUUGACUAUUAAACAUGAACAAAACUUGAUUGAACAAGCAAAACAAUUUCUUAAUACACCUAAUAGUACUAUCGAAGAAUUACAGAAUAGUUUCGAACAACUUAAUCAAGCAAUUAUAUCAAAUCGUUCAGAAGAAAUCAUAUUGAAAGUUGAACCUUUAUUAACGAAUAUGGAAGAAUGCUCUUAUAUUCGCGAGCAUGAUAUGAAAAAUACGAAUUUGAAUGAAUUAGUAGAAGAUUUACGAACGUCAAAAGAUAUAACUUUAAAAAAAUAA